AUGUUUGAAAAGUCGCUCACGUCUCUGAUCAAGGGACUACGCUCACAUCGAGGAAAGGAUGAAGCCAAGUACAUAGCACAAAUGACAGAAGAAAUCCGCAGUGAAAUCAAAAGCGCGGACAUGGACAUCAAGGCCGAGGCUGUGCUGAAGCUCGCUUACCUGCACAUGCUUGGUUACAGAAUCUCUAGUGCAUCUUUCCAUAUUGUAGAGACGAUGGCAUCGUCCAACUACCGGAUCAAAUUCAUCGGAUACUUGGCCGCAUCACUUUGUUUUUCCGAAGACACAGAAGUAUUGAUCCUCGCCACCAACCUCAUCAAGAAAGACUUACAUGCAGCAUCCCCUCUCGAUGCGCUGGCUGCUUUAAAUGGCCUUUCCCAUAUCAUCACACAGGAGCUUGCACGGCACCUUGCAGACGACGUCAUAAUGAUGCUUACGCACACACGCGCGCUUGUGCGCAAACGCGCCGUGCUUGUCCUAUACCAGGUCAUUCUACAAUGUCCAGAGGUUUUGGAGCGCACGUACGAACGUAUCCGUGAUUUGUUAUGCGACAAUGACCAGAGUGUUGUUACUGCUACGAUAAAUGUGCUUUGUGAGCUGGCACGCCGAAAUCCUGCGCCCUUCGUUCUCCUUUCUCCGCAGCUCUUUGAGAUCCUCACGUCUUCUAGCAACAAUUGGCUUCUUAUCAAAGUGAUCAAACUAUUUGGAGCUCUCACCCCUGUUGAACCGCGUCUAGUUCGCAAGCUUGUAAAGCCCAUCUCAUCCAUCAUUUCGACAACCCCAGCCAUGAGCCUACUGUAUGAAUGUAUACACACCGCGAUCAUCGGGGGCAUGCUUGAGAGGCCAGACAGCGAUGAGCUGGCCUAUCGCUGCGUUGAAAAUCUUGGUCGCUUCCUGCAAGACAGCGAUCAAAACCUGCGCUAUAUAUCUCUUCUUGCCCUCGAUAAGCUUACACCUUCACAUCCACAUCUUGUCGCCCAGCACCAACAACUUAUCCUCGAGUCAAUGUGGCACCCCGAUUUCACCAUUCGAUUGCGUGCUUUAGAGCUGGUCGUGCGCCUUGCAUCUGACCCACUUUCGCUACGUCCCAUUGUCGACUUCCUUGUAAUGUACCUCAGUUCCUCCGAAGACAUCUCGUCAUCACCAAGUGCAGCACAAAUGCUACAAAAGACGCUGGAUGCAGACAAAGCCCACGUCCUUGAGCCUUCAGUUCCGUCGCAUAUCACAUUUUCGGCCCUCAAAAAAUUUCAUGUACAAGUUGCCGAGAGUAUUCUCGACGUGGGCUGUGCCAACAAAUUUCGUCACGUCCGUGAUCCUUCUUGGUACUUGAAUGUACUCAUCCGUCUUGCACAGAUGGUCGAUGCAAGCAUCGUGUCUCGCAUUUCAGACCAGCUCACCGACUUUGUAUUUAUGCACGAAUCUGUUCAGGCAGAGGCGUGUGCAAUGCUUUUACCUUUGCUUUUGAACGAAAAUAUCUACAAUCGAGAAAAUCCCCUAUCAAAUUUGCUGCGUGCCGGUGCACUGAUCACUAGCGAAUUUGUCGAGCAUAUGCAAUCCAUCCCAGAUGUUGUCCAGUCCCUUCUCCGAGAUGAAACGCACGAUCUGCCUUCGCGAACGGUCGCAGUCUUGGUACACAGUGCGCUAAAGAUUUUUGCUUAUUGGACCGCUCAACUUUCUCAGAACUGGAACCAAGGUGCGAAAAAGUCUCUCGAAUGUGUUACAGAGUACUUGGUGCAUCAUCUCGUAACACUUUCUCAAAAGGACGAUGCUGAGGUGUAUGAACGCUGCAAAGAAGGACUUCAGCUCUUUGUUCUUCUUCAAAAUGGCAUCAAGGGCUCAGAUGUGCAAGAUAAGGCCCCUGUACCUGAUUCGACUCAGGAAUGGGGAGAUGCAACGAUACCUGAAAGCACGGCGCCCCGUGCAUUACAUCUUCUUUUGCCUCUAUUUCAUGUGCGCUCAGAAAUCCUCGAUCCACCAGCGCCGCUGCCCUCAUCUAUGGACUUGCAUGCAUGGAUCGUGUCGGAAUCUUCGUGGAAGCAAAUGCUUGAUGCAGUUGAGCCCAUAUCCAAGCCACCAGGCAGUCAUUCGAAAAUGCUUGAAGGACACACGAGUAUCCAGAAAGCAUCGACCUCAGCGUCUACCUUGCUCCCCGAUGCAAGCAGCACCUUAGCCCGUGCAUCCUCUGUGCGUUCGUCAUCGGGACCAGAGCACGGAUCCAAGCCAUUGUCUGCAAGAGAUCACUCGGACAAUCCCUUCUACCUCACGAGCAAGCCGCGCAUGAAAAAGUCCAGUCGAAAAAAACAUUCUGACAUUGCACGACCGUCUGAACCAAAACCAGAGUUUGACGACCUCCAAGACAUUCCGAUUGUGAAACUAGAUUUAUCUGAUCUAACUCCUCAGAAGAACCAUGAUACCCCAACUCCCCGGACAAGCUCACAGGUUCGACCCAAAGUUGUGUCCCACAAGAAAAGCGCUCGCCGAAAGUAG